AUGCCAACUUUUGCUAAUCGUAAUAACCAUUCUACUUCUGCUCCUAUGUCAGAAUCUGAUAAUGAUGAUGACAAUGAACAGAAUUCAUCUUUUAAUCAACAUAAUGAGAGUAUGAUGCAUAAAGUUAAAGAUGUCGUUUCGAAACUUCUUCAUCCUUCUUUCUUAUUUUCGACCAGUGGUGAUACAAAUCGUCCCAAACGAAAACGAGAAACAUCUUUUGAAGAAAAUGGUGAUGAACAACAACCAGAAAGCACUACUACCACCACCAUAGCUGCAACGACAACUACUACUAAUGGUCAUUCGACAACUUCUAAAUCAAAAUGUAAGAUAUUUUCUUUUUCUAAAUAUUGGAUAAUGGUAUUUUAG